ACUCGUGUGAUAUAUCCGAUACAUCACUCGUACCCAUUAUGUAUCUAUUACAUACACAGUGGUGAAAUAAGUCAAAUGAAAAGUGUUCCGACGGAACAUAACUGACCAAUGAAAUUAUCGAUACUAAAAAUAGCAUGGGAAACUACCACCAGCAAAUAUUUACGACAGGAUUGGUAAUUGAUAAAAGUGGGAAGCGGGGCGAUAAAAAGGGACGACACCAUUUGUUACUGUAUAACAAACCAAUACGAUGGCAGUGGAGUCUGGGGAGAACCUAGCUAGCGAACUCAUACGCUCCUUUCUGACGCUUGAGAAAAUAGAUGUGAAUAUAUUCCGGAAAUGACCUGAAACUACAUCAGUGUGUUGCUGGAUUUAUCUCGGACCUGGCCCUCCUCGGAGCAGCAGUACAACCAGCUCCCCCCAACUACAGGCCUAGCUUCAUGACUUCCCUUGACCACAGUAUGUGGUUCCACAAUCCAUUCAAGGCCAAUGAGUGGAUGCUGUAUGAGAUAGAGAGUCCCCAGUGUGGGGCAGGCAAGGCUCUGUCCCUAGGGCGACUUUGGAAGCAGGACGGUACACUAGCAGUGUCGAUAGCUCAGGAGGGUGUAGUCCGCACAACACAGACAGACUCUAAGCUAUGAUAUUGUAAUUAUUCCGUUGUGUUUAAACAGGUGUUAAACAUGGCCUCCUGUUGUUGUUGGUUGUGAAAGUUUGUCAUGGUAAUAGAAUCUUACAAGAGUCUGUUUCGUGGACAGGGAUGUCUCAGCCGGAGUGCAAGACCUGUCUGCCAAACUCUCACUUGGACUGAGAUAGCCCUGUUCAUGGAACAGGCCACUGUUUGAUUCUUCUUCCCAAAUACUUAAAAAAGUAACAAAUUUUAAGCUGUUGUGAAACUUUUUCAUUGCACCAUCAUCAAUGUCCCAUGAAAUGUAUGUCAAAAUUAAUGAUGUUGUCGAUUUGCGACAUGGUUACCCUACAUAAAAUGAUGUUACACUGUUGUGAGUAGUGUCAUAGUGCUUGCCAGCUGUCUUUCCCUAGAUAGUGAGAGAUAGAGUUAUCCCAUCCCCAGCAACCACGGGAAUUAUCCCAUCCCUAGCAACCAUGAGAGUUAUCCCAUCCCUAGCAACCACGGAAAUUAUUCCAUCCCUACCAACCACGGGAAUUAUCCCAUCCCUAGCAACCACGGAAAUUAUUCCAUCCCUACCAACCACGGGAAUUAUCCCAUCCCUAGCAACCACGGAAAUUAUUCCAUCCCUAGCAACCACGGGAAUUAUCCCAUCCCUAGCAACCACAGGAGUUAUCCCAUCCCUAGCAACCACAGGAGUUAUCCCAUCCCUAGCAACCACAGGAGUUAUCCCAUCCCUAGCAACCACAGGAGUUAUCCCAUCCCUAGCAACCAUGGGAUCACCCUGUAAAAAAUGUGAGAAAUUCAAAUUAAGGCAUUCUGAAUUUAGUGAGUAGAGCAGUUUCAAGUCUCUUUGAAAUAAUCGGGGAAAUACUCUGUACUUUAGUCAAGCAUAGUGUCUACCUGGUAAGCUUGGACAGUCAUGUAUGUUAUGUGACAUAUCAGACUCUGUUCUGUAGCAUUGAGACAAUCAUGUGAUAAGCCUACUGAAAGUGGAUACUCCUUCAUAUCAGGGGUGUUAGUGGGUGCUGUACAAUAUACAUUUAACACAGUACAAUUACGACAAGAACUUAAAAUCAUUAACCUUCCAAUCAACAACGCAUAGUAUAUGACACAUUGUGCUAUUAAUUCAUAAUGUUCUAAUGGUGCAGUGUUAUAUGAUUGUAUGUACAGAUGAGUAUAUUCAUUGAGGGUGGACAUGUUGACACUUAAUAUUAUGUGAAAACUGUUGUGACUUUUAACUUUCACUUUAACAAGUGCAACCAAAAUCUAAUCAGUAAUAAUAGAACUUGAUGUUGUGAUAUUACAGAUAUACAUGUAGUAGCAAGAACUAAAAUUGUAAAUCUGUCAUGAGAUAUUGUGUACGCAUGCAAAGACCGACGUUGUAAAACCUGUUCAUGAGAUAUUGUGUACGUAUGCAAAGACCGACAUCGUAAAUCAUGAACAGAAAGGCAGACCAAAUCACACUUCAUUUCCUUUACCAAGUAGAGGGUAAAAACAAGAAGGAAUUAUCCUACAAAACAGGAAAAGAUCAACUUUGUAAAUGUAUUGAAUUAAAUGUCUUUUAGUCAUUGGAGUCCAUGGAGAAAGAGAGAGAGAGAGAGAGCAGUGAAGGAGUGAAUGAGAUAUAUGCAUAUGGCUGAUUAAGUUUGCAUCAGUUCUUAUUUAUUCAUUUUAUAAACCAGUCUUAUAAAAUGUAUAUAGUAAAUGUACAUAUUAAAUACUUUGUAAUAUUAUUUACCGUAUGAACAA